UUUGUCUUGGUGCGGUUCAGGUGAUUUACCCAACUCCACUCGAAGAAAGGGAGAGAGGCAAAGGAGGAAAAAAAAAAAAUGGCGGAAGCAAAGCACAGAAUCCUUAAACUCGAAACAGGUUUAACGUUGUUGUUCGUUCUUGUUUUGAACGGAUGCGCGCAGAGCUUGCCACCUUCGAAAUACGAUGGGUUUUGGUACGGACAUCACCGAGUUGACUUGGAUUCGAUUCUGAUCGAAGCCUUUUUCGACCCGGUCUGCCCAGACAGCAGGGACUCCUGGGCGCCCCUCAAACAAGCCGUCGAGUACUACGCCCCUCGCGUCUCGGUGGUGAUUCACCUGUUACCCUUACCUUACCACGACAGUGCUUUCGUUAGUUCUCGGGCUCUGCACAUCGUAAAUCAGCUGAAAAAAUCUGCCACAUUCCCGUUGUUGGAGUGGUUCUUCAAGAAUCAGGAGAGGUAUUACAAUGCUCAAACUAGCAACAUUUCCAGGGCUGCUGUUGUAAAUGAUAUAGUGAACUCUGCCACACAAGUGAUUGGGAACUCCUAUCAUAGCGCCCUUGAAUCCGGCUUCAAUGACCGGAAAAUGGACCUCAAAACAAGGGUUUCAUUCAAGUAUAGCACUUCAAGAGGGGUGUAUGGAACGCCUACUUUCUUUGUCAAUGGAUUUGUACUGCCAGAUUCUGGAUCCACUUUAGAUCUUAAUGGGUGGAAAAAAGUCAUCGAUCCAUUAGUUGUCGGUAACGGGGUGCCAUAGAGCCAAGAAAAUAUGCGCUUCUUCUUGUGAAGGAUUGAUUGAGCUAUAUGCUUGAUGUGCUUCAGUGCUUGGUUGGUUGAAGAAUAAACUCUACAAAGCUGGUUCCAGUGUAUAUAUUUAUUUGUGAAUUGUUGUCAUGGAAUUAAUGAUUUGUAACCGUUGUGAAAAAUGGAUCCACUCUGCUCAAGACUUUUGCA